AUGACUGUGGCGAUAGAUCUUUUCGGUUGUCCAGGCUCUGGUAUCAACGAGGGAUCUGUAAACUCUACAGAUGCGGCCAUAUUUACAGAGGUACCAGAAACACCUCGUGUUUUGGCAGACUCACAUUGCUAUUUGGCAUAUACCAUGAAACGCUCACAAACCCUGCGUGUUGUACAACGCUCUAAUCUUUUAAAGGGUUCUCUACGUGCACAUACAAAACCUAUUCACGCUGUGCGAUUUGUGAAUUACCGCAGUAACGUUGCGGCCUCUGCUGCUGAAGGGGAGUUCUUUGUUUGGGUUGUAACAGAUGACUCCGUUGGUACAGGUCGUGAUGUGGAGAAUGCGGAGGGUGGGGCACGUUUGAGUGUGAAGAUAUACUUUAAGCUGAAGGAUCCAGUCACAAUUCCGUGUUUCUCCUUCUUUAUUAACGCAGAGAACCGACGACCGGAUCUACUUAUCUUGUAUGAUACACAAGCCGCUAUUCUCAAAAGCUCUGCAUUAAUUGCUAAGUAUGAUAGGGAACCACUAGAGGCAACUCUGCGACAAAAUAGUACCCCAUUGCGUACACUGCAGCAGGCCGUCAGCGUCUACAACAAUAACAAUAAUAAUAAUAACAACAAUACCCCUGCUUUAUGUGCGGUAGGCUCUGGUGGUUGGUUUGCAUUCACAACAGAGCCAACGAUGGUCGCUGCGUGUACAUUGCAGAACCGCAAUACACCAUCGUGGUUGUGUUGCGGUGGUGACACUGUGCGGGCAUUGCAGUUACUCGACACACCACUGGAGGAGAGCAGCACUGUACUUGUGGCGGCCACUACACAAGCCGUCUUUCAAUGGACUCUCACCGGCGUCGCUGAACCAACCCUACUCCGCCGUUUUGUGGUUGGUCCAGAUGCAUCUAUUGUUGCCAUGGAAAGUUCCCGUGAGACAUUUGCUGUAUUUGAUGAUAAGAAACGAGUGGCAGUGGUGUCUGUACAGCCACCUGAGAACUUUCUGUGUACACAGUAUGUUAUGCCAGCACAAGUGCGUCGGGGUGGAUUGUGUUUUAACCGUGUUGGUGGUGUCAGCAGUGUGUUGGUGGAUAUAUCUGAUCGACUCACGGUGUUUGUGUUAAAGGGCCCAGAGAAGAAGGGGCAAGAAACAGCUCUGCAGCUGGGACGAGAAAAACAGGAAGAAUCACAAGAACAAAGAAAGAAAACAACAACAACAACAACAACAACAACAAAAGAUACGGGUAGUACUCCCACUACAGAUGUGAAGAAAACAACAACAACAACGACGGCAUCUCCACCUCCAGCAGCCACCGGGAGUGUUGGCUCGAGAACAAUUGAGGCACGUGCGGGUAGCCGAAUUAUUGCGAAUUUGGUAAGCCAAUUGGGUCUUUCCCCUUCACAAGUACACAGCGCCACCAGCAGCAAUAUCAAUAACAAUAACAAUAACAAUAUUACUACCACCACAGGAACAACCACCACAACAACUACUACCCCUCCUGUGCCACAACGCACAAGUCCGUAUCUGCACGGCAGUCGACCCGCAACAGCCGGAUUGGCAGCCACUAGUGGAAUAACUCCACCAGGAGCGGCACCGCCAUCCUCAUCGCCAGUAUCAAAGAUGGGAACAACAACAACAACAACAACAACAAAUACCGUGAAAAAAGAGGAUGCGGCUCAUGUGCAUAGUCCUGGAGCCCCUGCUACUACUAAUGCUAAUGAUACGAAUACUACUACUACUACUACUGCUGCUGCUGGUGGUAGUGUUAGUACUGGUAGUGGUGGCAAUGCCCCGCGGCCAGCACUGCAUAAUGCUUCUCUUCCACAGGCUCCAACUGAUGGUGUACUGGCAGCCGCUGUUUCGCAGUCUGAAGAUGAAGUGCGUCAGGCAUUAAAACGUCUAGAAUCUGCAAUGGCCAACACCUCGCAGAUCCUUCAAUUGGUUCCAGAUACCAUUCGUCGUGAUCAUGAACAACUUCUGAACCUCAGCUUAGAGGCACAAAUGACAGAACUCCAACAACGCAUGCAGAAGUUACCACAACAAUCACCAAAAUCACAAACACAACAACAAUCUGGAAGUGGUACCAGUUCAGCUGCCUUUGAUACCUACGCACUUGUGAUGCUUAUGGAUGCCUUAUCCCGUAAUAUUACGAAGGGUGUCACUCGUGGUGUGGAAGAAUCUAUAGCGACACAUCUCGAUCAUGAGGUGCGACAGGCAAUAGGAAACCGCGUUCGUAAUGCGCAAAAACAAAUCCUUAAGAAUCGCCUGGAUGAAGCCUUAAAGGAAAGUACCACUCAAUUCGUCAGUCAACUGGAGCAGACCGUUCAAGGUGUGGUGCGGCGUGAACUGGCGGAGGUUCUUGGUGGAAUUAACGGAUCUCUAAAGGCGUUGGAGCUUGAGAACAGCGCACUGCAGCGGGAAUUGAAUGUAGUGAUGUCCAGUGGAGUGGUGGAGGAAAUGCAGCGUAUGCGGGAGGAACUGCGUACACUGCGGGAGACGGUGAUGAGUCGUCAAACAGCCGCGAAUGGAUCUGCCAUGCACGCCACCAGUACAUUUCAAGGACGACGACCGGCUCCAGAAACUAUUAUGUCCACCACACUUUCUCUUAUGCGAGAACAACAACAAUAUAAUCAUGCAUUGCAGUAUUUACUCCAAUGUCAUCAACCCCCACUGGUACUGCAGUUCUUCACAACACUCAGUCAUGAUUAUGAGAACACGUACUCCGAUCUCAUUGAGGACACGAGUAUCUCAAAUGAUGUGUGGUGUCAAGUUUUAUUGCAACUCGUAGAGGCGGCAGGGGCGUCCACCGCAACGGAAAUGCAGCGGGAAGUGGUGGUGAGUUUCGCCGUGGAUAUUCUCUCAGAGCGGGAACGCAUGUUGGGUAGUACACAUGGUAAGAAAGUCACCACCGCCAUGCGGGAUUUUGCAAGGAACGUAAAGGAGACGGUAACAAAGGCAGAUUUUCUGCAGAGUCUAAAGAACUUGGAAAAGUUACUGCAGUAA